UGAUAGAGUAGGAUGAGUUAUAUGUAGAUAUAUGUGUAUUUCAUCUUUUAAUUACUGUGCUUUCAGUAGUAGUACACUGUGUCACCCUAAUAAGAGCUUGCUUUCUACUAGUGGGAGAGAAAAUCAAUGAAAGAGAAAAGAAGCACCAAUUAUUCUGCAAUCUGUGGCGCUAAUUUCUCUACUGUAGAAUGAUUGGUCUACCGCUGAAACCAAUCAAGGCGUUGACAAGCUAACCCGAUUGAUCUAUUAGUUAGACUUUCCACCACCACCACCACCACCCAUCCAUAGGUUGAUGUUAACACGGAGCUGACACUCUCGUAUAAGCAGCAGGCAACAGAAUUCCCAUGAUCAAUAUUAUACCUCCGUCUCUAUCACUCAUGAUCAAUUUCAAAAUAUAUCCAACAACCGUACGAAGACACUGACUGUCAAUAUCAAACACCGCCGUAGAGAAUGACUAAAAAGAGUGCCAUCAGCAGCAGUCUUUCCGGUCCUGCCACUCCCUCUAUUUCCCGUUCAUCCAUCAACCACUGCAGCUUUAACAGCCUCACCCCCGCCGACUCCAUCCAUCGAAGCGAGCUCGACUCAGUCAAUGUGUUUCGCAAAACGUUCCCAGAAAGCAGCAGGGUAACUCCUAUAUCGCCCGCCAACACCACCAUUCGGCGUAGUAAGAUCAGCCAUACUGUCAUCGCUAACUCGUACGUCCGUCGGUGCAAGCUCGCUAACUGUGAGCUUGUCGAUGUGUGCUCCGCUAAAUCCUUGGAGGCCAAUGACUCCAAGUUCGACAAUGUGCGCUCGAUCCGCGGCCACACCUCGGUGCGAAAUAGCACCAUUACGGGCCAGAGUACUUUGAACCGGAGCAAAGUCAACGGAUCAUCCGUCACGGACGAGAGUUGUCUGCGACGCAGUCAUCUUGAGAAUGUUCGGAUUGCUCGAAGUCGUGUGAAGAGAUCGGCGCUGCGGAACUGCGACGUAAGUGAUUGCGUGAUUAUUAAGACAGAUUUCACUGGCAUGACUUUACGCCAUGGAGUUUGGAAGAAUGGCAAAUUGGUUGGAAGAGUUGGAGAUAAUGAGGUCGUAAUGAUGACCCAGGAUGGUCAGAACAUCGGUCAUGUUUCAUCGGAGAAGCUCGUCACCCAAGACGCCAAGGUAUGGGCGGACGAUGAGCCCGACUCAGAUAGCUCGGACAAGGAAAGCUUGGACUCAGAUGACCUUCCGCCUCCUUAUAAGCCUUGAUUGUAGUCCAGAUUUCCGUGAUGUUUUACGUCUGAUGAUAUGUAUUUGUCAUAUUCUUUUUUCUGAUCUCCCUGUUAUAACCUCACCAAGUUUGAUCCCUCAUGUUUCUUUAAAACACAUUAUGCGCCGCCCAUGGUCAGUUUUGUUUAGUAGUCUACCAGCCUGCUUCAUAGCCAUGUUUCAAACAUGGUCCAACAGCCGACGGUUCCUCCAGGGUGGACUUACAUGUAAGCCGAGCUUACCGUCACUAGUCGCAGGCUUUUAAGGAGCACCAAAAGCUAGAGCUUCAUGGAAGAGCACUAGGGCUCAAUUUUGUUAAGCCAACUGAUCCCGUAUCCACAUGUGUCGCUGUUGUUGAUCAAUAAAACUGACGGGACACGAAAUUGCAUCAUAUGGCAGUGCAGUU